AUGCCGGUCACCUCAUCUGAUCCUAUCCUACUUGUGCAAGCUCAACCGGGUUCCGAAUUGGAUGGAAAUUCAAGUAUGAUGUCACAAUUUGUCUCCUAUCUACCUCGAGAUGAAUGGUCUGUCUCCCAUGAUAGCCCAUCGCUGUUGCUAGUGACACCAAAGCCGACCUUUCCCCGUAUACGUCUCCGCUUUCUUGCCCGACUUACUUCGUCCCAUGGUCUGGCCAAUUCAUUUAACUGCGAUGAUAUCUUUGCCAGGAGAAAGACUCACUCGGGUCUUCUACAAUAUGGUAGUCAGCCCUACCUCGAAUCGGUAGCCAUUCCAGGGAACCCAGUCGCAUCGCCUUGGGCCAUUCUAGGCCAACGGACGCAGCCCCAGCAAGGGCCGACAGGACAACACUCCUUGGCAAACACAUGUGAACAGAUUGUCACAGGUAUCUUUCAUGCAAUGUCUCAAGCAUCUGAAUUGAACUGGCCCAACUCCCGAAAAUCAUCUUGCUCAAGAUUCUUUUCUCCAAGAAAUAUUGACUUAUUCUUGACUUUAUUCUUUCAAAUCUGGCAUCCAAACUGGCCAGUCUUCCACCGACCGACAUUUGACCCCACUGCAAAGCCUCCCAAGUUAAUAGCGGCCCUUUCACUGAUCGGUGCUUCUUUGAGCCCCGACAGAAAACACCAUGAUCAAGCAAUUAUAUGGCUAGAAACAGUCGAGAAGUGGAUCUUCCAGGACCCGGAUUUCAGCGAAGACAGUAUAGCUCAAACGGACGAUGGCGGCCAGGAUUCUCAAGUUCGCCAGCGCCUCGACAUAUUGCAGGCUGCUUACGGUAUCCUUCUACUCAUGAACUGGGAGGGUGACACAAAAAUGAGACUCAGAGCACGGAGAACACGGUUUACAGACAUCGUCUUCGUUUCCCGCACUCUGUAUCCUUUCGCGAUACCUGGGACGAGUGAGGAAGCGUGCUUUGCUCCACGCAGCCUCCAUGACCACUGGAUAUCAUUCGGAUUACGAGAGGAGUUAAUCCGUACCCUCUUAUAUACCUUCCUUCUUGACUCUGCAUUUGUAAUCUUCUACGAUAUGAGUCCCCGAAUGGUAAUUAAUGAGCUACAAUUUGGCCUCGCAGCUGCAGAUGAGUACUUUAAUGCUCCAGAUGCCGAGACAUGGUUCAUGUGCACUCAAGCUGCGGCACAGAGGUCACUGGCGUGCAGCCAAAUCACGCUGUCUCAGUCCAUUACCAUGAUUAUGAGUGAGGACUUUGGAACUAGUCGAUGGGAUGUCUUUGAGACAAUAAGCCCAUUGAAUUUGUUUGCUAUUGCUAGUGAAUGGACCGGACCCAAGGUCAAGAUCCUUGGCUAUCACACGAGGGCUAAAAAAUUGGUUUCGGGUCUGGUCCAGUCAUAA